AUGGCCGCCAAUCCGGAAGCCGCGGAGAUCAUCCGCAGGAAGAAAGCGCAGUACUGCCGUUUUCUAGACACCAAACAGUGGGACGCGCUCGAGCAGCUCGCGCUUCCCGAUGCAGAGUUCCGCUUCCUAAACCCGGACGGAUCUGUCAUAACCAUUGGCAAAACGCCGCUAGACUUCUCCACGCCCAAGGCGUUUACGGCUUUCAUGGCCGUCCUGUUUGACAAGGCCCGCACGCUCCACAUGGUCGGAGGAUCCGGAGAGAUUGAGCCCCGCGAUAGUCCGGACGAGAUGAGCGCUGUCUGGGGCAUGGAAGAUCAGAUCGUCAUACGCGGCACGGCCGGACUGGCGGAGAUGAGGGGGGGCGGGUAUUAUCAUGAGAUUUGGAAGAGGGACGGGAAUGGGGGUGACUGGCACCUGAAGUCACUGAGGCUGGAGAGAAUUUAUGCCAAGUCGAGCGUCUUGGGCAGGGUGUUCGCGUUCUUGCUGAGUAUCUGGCUCAUGUUGUCGUAG